UGCUAAUGCAAAUCAAUUAAAAGAAAUUACAAACGAAAUGUAUUAGCGCAACUAUGAUUCUCAAUGGGUUAUCUACGCUACUUUUAUAUUUUCGUGAAUUCUAUGGAGUUUUCACGAGACAGCUCCAAUUCAUGGUUUGCGCCUAAACUUCAUCUUUUAAUUCAGUCGUCCUUAAGAAACAAAUUCAUUCAAUUCGAUAUCGUAUACAGCGAGUACAUUGAAUGAAUUUGUAAAAAGAGAAGAAUGAAUGAAAUUUAUCAAAUUAUCAUUUUUCUUCAAGUUUGACACAGAAUUGUAGGGACGUUGCUUAAUACGCGGUUCUUCCAUUUUCGUGAUGCGUAUCUAAUACACGUAUUUCGAUAAAUCGUUAUAAAUAAAAUCACACGUACUAGCCAAAACGAGUGAGCUGUAACUGAUACAAAAGCUAGAGUAUGGGAAAGUAUGGAAAUUGGGUUUUGAUAAUAUUGCCACUUGACGAGAAACAUUCCUGUUACUAGACUGCGGAUUUUUAUAAAUUUGUGAAAAAUUUGCAGGCGCAAAAAUGCACAUAGUGUAUAAUGUAUAAUGCAAAGAUAUAUAAAAUAUUGAAAGAAGAGUAUUUAUUAUAAUAUUUAACACAUGAAACAAAUUUCUAUUCAGAUUUCGCUUCUUUAGUGUUACGUUCGUAAAAAUCCGCAAUUUACUUUCCUGGCACACCAUGUACACAUAAGCAUUAGUAUAAGAAAUGAACUAAAACUUGCCUUCGACAGCAUGAUUGGGCCGUCCUCUGGCACGGGCGGUGUCCCGGAGCACGAGUUAUCGGACAACCAGUCCCGUGUCGGGAAGAAACGCAUCUUCGAGGAUCUGGAUAUCGAGAGCUUCUGCGAGGAGGUCCAGAACGGUCACAAACGGUAUCAGUACCAAGAAAUCGAGGCUCCAAUGGAAGUAGUCGCCUCCAACCAAGUAAUAGGAGACACCGCGGCUCUAUUCUCUCCGUUAUCGGCCCAGGAAGCCGUCGACGAGUGUCCAGUCGCUCGAUUGGAAGUACUUCUCGUGGACGGCACUAAUUGCACCUGGACAACCGUCUCGGAGCUAGAAUCCCAGCAAAACAUUGUCGAUAUCGCGGCUUCACCUACCACAUCCUCCUCGUCGUCCGAACACAGGCAAGAACAAGUGAUCCAAGAGAUUCAAAUCGAGGAAACGAGCUAUCCUAUUGGCUCUGACUAUUGGGAGCCAGUUGUUACCGUUCCAUCGCCUAACAUGCAACAGGGCAAGACCGAUGCGUCUUCUAGUAGUCAUCAGCAGCAACAAUUUGAUGAUCAGGAGACUGGAAACCUUUCCUGGUUGCUGGAUUUCAAGUUGGAUCCGUUUAUCGAGGCUGCUGACGAAAAGUCCACUGUACCUUCGCCCAAAGACGUUCACAGUGGGAAUAAGACAAGGGUAAAUGGACGUUCUUAUGGGUCUACUUACGUGAACGACGUGAAAAGGAGUUACAACGAAAACGGAUCGUCACAUCAGGAGUCGAAUCAUAGUUACUCUAGCCUGGAUAAUAGAAAUUUUGCGUCUUCCCGAUGUAACGGCCCAAAAAAGCCGCCUUUCACGUACACAGAGCUUAUCGAACACGCUCUUCGGGAAAGGGGAGAGCUCACGGUGUCAGCUAUUUAUCAGUGGAUCUCAGAACACUUUCCCUAUUACAAAAGCAACGAUGACCGUUGGAAAAAUUCUGUGCGGCACAAUCUCUCCAUAAAUCCUCACUUCAGGAAGGGAUCAAAGGCACCGCAUGGAGCUGGUCACUUAUGGGCCAUUGCGAAUCGCUCAGGAGAUCCUAGACCUAGACAAUCCAUUAACAAUUUUAACGUUAAUCCUUCCAUAAAGCAAAUGAGCAAGAACACUCUUGAAGUUGAAAAUCUGAGAAAGAACAUCAGUGAAAUGAAUUCAAUAGAUGAAGUAGAAGCGGCAACUGCCAGCAUUACACAACAGUCUUCAGAAGAAGAGGCUGAUAAUGUAGUGAAUUCUGUGACGCUAGAACACUGUGCUGAAGAAAUCCUUAGUGGUAUCAAGAAGGAAGUAGAGGUACAAUAUCUUGUACCUAUGAUAGUCUCCAACAAUGAACAUGAAUCAACCCAAUCCAAUCAACAAACACAGGAGCUUCAUUAUCCUGUGAAAGAGAGUGAUUUCCUUAACCCAGUAUCAAAGGAAGUGGUUGCAGAAGAAUGUGGACUUAUCAGUGAAGGUUAUCUAGUCACAGACCUAAAUCCUACUACUUUGGGCCUGAACAUGGUUGAACCAGAAAUCAUUACACCUGAAAAUCUUUUUGGAGAGGAGUUAAGUUUCCAGUUCUAUGAAUUGUCGUCUCCAUCGCAAAUUCAAUCUGCCUGACAUAUGGGGAAAAACAAGUUGCGAUUAAUUGUAAUUGACGAGCUGCACGUACAAAAUAAUCAGGACUGCGAUCAAGUGGAAAACGGAGAAGAUAUUCAUAGUGGUAUCGAUGAAAAGGAAU